CCCACCCGUUCUAGUUGUCAGGACAGGAAGAAGACUACUACUACUGUGGAUGUGUUUCAACGUUGUCACUCGAGAAAGUUCACUUGUUGCAGUAAUGGACACCAAUAUGGGGAAACUACACGACUACCGUGUUGUAUAGAAACAAUUGUGGUAGUAGGAAGAACCGUGUAUGUUCACCGAGUUUUAAGAUAUCUAACGUUAGCCACUACAUAGACAGGGAGGCACUCAACAUUUGCAAGGAUUACGGGAAACCGCUGUCUUUGGGACGACAACUGUGCAACAUUAACUAACUAAAAGUACUGGUAAAGUUGUGUUUGCUGCAACAACAAAGAGUCGUCAAGAGUGGCUCCUAUACGUUUUCCUUCCGCUGUUCGGGGGAAAUUGUCUAAAUCACAAUGGAUCCGAAUGCGGGGAAUUCUGCCUCCGCUGCUGCUCCCAAAAGCAAGAAGGACAAAAAAGAAAAGAAAAAUUAUGAAGAUGGAGACGGGAAAAAGAAAUUUAAUAUCAAACGGCUGUUUCCCGAUGAGUUGGAGCGUUUCACCAGCAUGAGGAUGAAGAAGGACAAGGAGAAGCCUCAUGCGCCUGCCCACUACGAGGUGCCUGCCCAGGAGACCGUGCUGCACGACCAUCCUGACGAAUACGUUCUGGAACUCUUCGAACAGAUGCUGGUGGAUAUGAACUUGAAUGACGAGAAGCAGCGGCCUCUGCGGGCGAAAGACAUCUCCAUCAAACGAGAGAUGGUUUCUCAGUACCUCCACACAUCGAAAGCUGGUCAGAGCCAGAAGGAGUGUUCCAGGUCAGCUGUGAUGUACAUCCAGGAACUAAGGAUGGAGCCCAGAGACACACAGCUCCUGGGCUGUCUGGAGUCUCUCCGGGUCUCCCUCAACAACAACCCUGUCAGCUGGGUGCAGAACUUUGGAGACGAGGGCCUGGUUCUGCUGCUCAACAUCAUGAGGAGGAUCCAGGAGGAGAAGGAUGAGUACCCGAAUAUGGGCGUGAAGUGUCAACACGAGAUUGUGCGCUGUCUCAAAGCCUUCAUGAACAACAAGUAUGGUCUGAAGGCCAUGUUGACGUCUGCUGAGGGCAUCCCUCUGCUGGUCCGAGCCAUCAACCCCAGAGUCCCUCACAUGAUGGUGGAUGUGGUCAAACUGCUCUCAGCCAUCUGCAUCCUGGAACACCCUGACAACAUUCAUGAGCGUGUUCUUGAGGCCAUCACUGAGGAGGCAGAGAAGCAGGACAUUGAGAGGUUUCAGCCACUCCUCUCUGGUAUGAACAAACCCAACAUCGGCCUGAAGAAUGGCUGUAUGCAACUCAUCAACGCUCUCAUCAGUCGAGGAGAAGAGCUGGACUACAGGAUCCACAUCCGCUCAGAACUGCUGAGACUGGGCCUGCGAGACCUGCUGACGGAGAUUCGGACCAUAGAGAAUGAGGAGCUGAGGGUGCAGCUCAGUGUUUUUGACGACCAGGCUGAGGAUGAUUCUGAAGAACUCCAGGCCCGCCUCAACGACGUGCGCGUUGAGAUGGAUGACGUGAUGGAGGUGUUCCAGGUCGUGAUGAACACCGUCAAAGACUCCAAGGCUGAAACACACUUAUUGUCUCUGAUGCAGCACCUGCUGCUGAUCCGCAACGACUACAUGGUCAGGCCCCAGUACUACAAGCUGAUAGAUGAGUGUAUAGCUCAGAUCGUGUUGCACAGGAACGGAGCCGACCCAGACUUCAAGUGCCGCAAUCUCAGCCUGGACGUUGAGGGAUUAAUUGACAACAUGGUGGACAAGACCAAGGUGGAGUCCAGUCAGGCCAAGGCCAUAGAGUUGGAGAAGAAGCUGGAUGCAGAGCUGACUGCACGUCAUGAGCUGCAGGUGGAGCUGAAGAAAAUGGAAGGAGACUAUGAACACAGAGUCCAUGAGCUGGCUGCUGAAAAGGAGACUCUGGGAUCUGAGAAGCAGGAGAGAGAGACAGAGAACCAGAUCCUAAUGGAGCAGAUCAACACACUCCAUGAAGAGAUAGAGAAGCUCAAUAAGGAUCUGGAGGAGGCCAAGGCUAGAGUGGUCAUUGUCCAUGUCCCAAGUGGUCCGGCUCCUCCUCUACCAGGCCAAGGUGGUCUCCCACUUCCCCUCCCAGGACAAACCGGCAUGACCUCCCCUCCACCCCUACCCGGCCAAGCAGGCCUCCCUCCUCCCCUCCUGGGUAUGCCCGGUCCCCCACCACCCCCGCCCUUACCAGGUAUCCCCGGCCCCCCGCCACCCCCUCCUCUCCCUGGGAUGGCCGGUAUGCCCCCGCCACCCCCUCCUCUCCCUGGGAUGGCCGGUAUGCCCCCGCCACCCCCUCCUCUCCCUGGGAUGGCAGGUAUGCCCCCGCCACCCCCUCCUCUCCCUGGGAUGGCCGGUAUGCCCCCGCCACCCCCUCCUCUCCCUGGGAUGGCCGGUAUGCCCCCGCCACCCCCUCCUCUCCCUGGGAUGGCCGGUAUGGCCCCGCCACCCCCUCCUCCACCAGGGAUGGCAGGUAUGCCCCCGCCACCUCCUGGAAUGGGGGGCUGGGGCGCCUCUGUGCCACCCCCUCUGCCCUUCGGCCUGUCGCCCAAGAAGGAGUACAAGCCUGAGGUGCAGCUGAAGAGAGCCAACUGGAGCAAGAUUGGAUAUGAGGAUCUGUCUGAAACCAGUUUCUGGACUAAGACCAAAGAGGAUCGCUAUGAGAACAACGAGCUGUUCACCAAACUGACCCUGGCCUUCUCCUCCCAGACCAAGACCUCCAAAGCUAAGAAGGACCAGGAGGGAGUGGAGGAGAAGAAGACGACUAAGAAGGUGAAGGAGCUGAAGGUGUUGGACUCCAAGUCCUCCCAGAACCUCUCCAUCUUCCUGGGCUCGUUCCGUAUGCCCUACGAGGACAUCAAGAACGUCAUCCUGGAGAUCAACGAGAAGCUGCUUUCUGAGUCCAUGGUGCAGAAUCUGAUCAAGCAGUUGCCGGAACAGGAGACGCUGAAUGUUCUGGGGGAGAUGAAGGAUGAGUAUGAAGACCUGGCAGAGGCCGAGCAGUUUGGAGUCGUGAUGUCGACAGUGAAGCGUCUGAAGCCCCGGCUGACGGCCAUCUUGUUCCGGCUGCAGUUUGAGGAGCAGCUGAACAACAUCAAGCCGGACGUGGUGUCCGUGACGGCGGCCUGCGAGGAACUGAAGAAGAGCGCCACCUUCUCCCAGCUGCUGCAGAUCAUCCUGCUGGUGGGCAACUACAUGAACGCCGGUUCCCGUAACGCCAAGGCCUUUGGAUUCAGCAUCAGCUACCUCUGCAAGCUGCGGGACACCAAGACAACUGACCUGAAGCAGACUCUCUUGCACUUCCUGGCUGACUUGUGUCAGGAGCAAUACCCCGACGUCCUGACGUUCCCCGACGAACUGGUUCACGUAGAGAAGGCCAGCCGAGUGUCGGCUGAGACCCUGCAGAAGAACCUGGUGCAGAUGGGCUGUGCGUUGAAGACUCUGGACAAAGAUCUGGAGACCUUCCCUCCUCCACAGAGUGAUAGGGACAUGUUUGUAGAGAAAAUGACUAGCUUUGUGGCCAAUGCCAGAGAGCAACAUGAGAAGUUGGAAAUGAUGCAUAAUAACAUGGAGAUGCAGUACUCUGACCUGGGGAACUACUUUGUGUUCGACCCUCGCAAGAUUUCUGUCGAAGAGUUCUUCGGGGACCUCAACAACUUCAAGAACAUGUUCCAGCAAGCGGUGAAGGAGAAUGCGAAGAGGAGGGAGUCAGAGGAGAAGAUCAGGAGAGCCAAGCUGGCCAAGGAGAAGGCUGACAGGGAGAAGGAGGAGAAACAGAAGAGAAGCCAACAACUGGACCUCAACGCAGAGGGUGAUGAGACUGGUAUCAUGGAUGACCUGAUGGAGGCGCUGCAGUCUGGUGCUGCCUUCAGGAGGAAGAGAGGACCACGACAAGCUGCCAACCGGAGAGCUGGUCAUGCAGUGACGAACAUCUUGGCCAAAGAGUUGAUGCAGGAGGACACCGCGCCCCGCUUCAGCAAACCACCCAAUAAGAAGACCAAGAUAGUGCAGAAGGAGGAGCCUAGCAUAGAGGGGGCGGGGUCACUAGAGGACCUCUUAGAGGACAGUCUAUCACGGUCCAAUUAAGGAGAUGGGAAGAAGUUUGCCCUUAGCCACAGAUCUAGGAUCAGCUCGUCUUACCCAUAUCCUAACCUUAACCAUAGAGAAAUAUAGAAACUGUCCUUCAAUCAGUGUCUAAGGGCAACUUCAUCCUCCUGCCAGUUGAAGGAGGAGUCUGUGCCCAUUGUCCUUCAUGGGACCACCGGAUUGGACAUACUGGGACUGAAGGAGCCAAUGGGUGAGGGCGGGGCUCUCACCAUGACACGCUGAGGGACGACUCUUGCUUUGCCAUAUAAACAUAUCCCUGUUGAAGCAUCUGCACACAUCCACUGCACUCUGUCUGUCUCUAUUUCUCUCACACAUCCACUGCACUCUGUCUGUCUCUAUUUCUCUCACACAUCCACUGCACUCUGUCUGUCUCUAUUUCUCUCACACAUCCACUGCACUCUGUCUGUCUCUAUUUCUCUCACACAUCCACUGCACUCUGUCUGUCUCUAUUUCUCUCA